AUGCUGAACACCGAUACGCCUGCGCCAUCUACAACAGAAGUAUCUCCUUCACACAGUCGUCGUCUCCUAGAGAUGACGCAGAAGACCACCGGAAAGGUGAUCUCGUUCAUUGGCGCCGUUUCAAAGAUGCAGACGACGGAUGGCACCGAAGUCAGUCUCGCCUCUCUGCUCCAGCAGGAUGCAGAUGAAUGUCUACGGGUUUGUGGAUCGUGCAUGACGGAUCUCAGUAGAAGAGAACAGAUGAUGGAGCAGCGAAAUCCUCCGAUACUAGCUGAACAGUAUGAAACAUUGGAUCGAAUGAUAGCGGAGACCUCUGCAAUGGUGCCCAGCUAUACGCGCAUGGCUGAUAGCAUCAAGUGAGU